AUGCCAACGCUACUCGUAACAGUUUGGCCAGCCUUAGCGGAUUCUCAGACUCCGACCGAUGCCAAACCGACUUUUUUCAAUCCCGGUGCUUCUGACCAGCACCGUGCGCAUCGACCGGCGCUCCCACAAAAAACGCAUGCGGAUGAGGGUUCGCCCUUGCAGAUGAGCGAUGAUAAAUACUUUAGUGACCUGGUUCCCAACCAGCUCGACGUUUACGAGAUGGCGGCCGAGCGCCUCGCCCGGCUGGAGUCCAUCCGCACCGGCCUGGCUGCGCUCCCGAGCCGGCGCCACGGGGCUCCGGCUCAGGAGGCCUUGUCUACACGUGAGCGCUUGGAAGCCAUACAGCGGAGACUCGGCCUGCGCCCACUUUCGGCUGAGCUUUACUCCGAGAAGGUGGAGGAUGCCGCGGCGCGGGCUCCGUCCCUCUACGAUUCCUGGGAGCUGCACCAGUCCUUGAGAUCCGAAGUUGUUUCGGAGGUCGUCGCAACGUCGGGGGUUGCCGAGGCCGCAGAGCCGAGGAGCCACCAGCAGGCUUCUCCCCUGUCUCCACCGCAUUCGCCUCCGACUCCGCCAACUCCGCCGACUCCGCCGACUCCACCUCUGGCUCCGGACGAGAGUGAGGACUGGCUUUGGAGCUUUGGGCAGAUUUCGCAGCCCUCAGAACCUUCGCGGACGUGCAGCGCAGCUCGUUCUGGAGAUGUCGGCCAUGUCGCAUCCUGUCACCCAGGGCCGUUCAGCCCGGCGAGGGCGAGAGGCCACAGUGAGCGCCGCAUGCGCGGCGAAGCGUGCAGGCGCGAUUGGAGGCGAGCUGAGCCAGAAUUGGAGAAGCCGACCGUUGAGGAGGAGAAGCGUGAAGCGGAUCGGGAGGAGGUUGUGGAGCCGAGCAAGUUCCGGGAGCCGCCCUUCGCAGAGACUCCGACUCCGUGUGCCAUGGGGGCGGAGGAAGCACAGGCGCUGCCGUCCCGGACGGCAGGCACGGCGGACAGAGCGGGCAGACCGACCUCCAGUCGAGGCACCCGGGCUCGCAGCCGCCCGACGAGCGCGUCGAGCUCGAGGCCUCCCUCCGCGCCCUCCUUUGUGCGGCCUUUCUCCGUCGAAGACACGGAGUUCUGCCUGUCGGGACGAGGCGUCGGAGGCAAGCAAGCGAGGCCGCCAUCAGCCCAAGCGUUGCAGCAGGGACUCGGACCACAGCGCAGCUGCGUGGCCAGCACCUCCGGAGUCUCCAAGUCCAAGCUGCCCAGAGCAAAUGGAAGAUCGUCCGAUAAUGAUCCAGGUGGCCCUCGUGAUGCUCGAGGUGGAGCUCAAGCCACUGGGCCUCGAUUGCGCUCUUGGAGGGAUGGCGACCCUGUUCGAAGACGCUCUGCCCCCUCACCUGCGGGCAAAGCACCGACGCAGGAACGUCCUGAGCUUGGACCGGAUCUGUGGACUGCCAUGGAGCUGAAGGUGUUUCUGCGGCGCGCCGACCUGACAGAGCUGCUCGGUCCUCUGAGAGAGCAAUUCCCCGGCCUGAACUUGAAGUCCUUGCUGGAGAUGCAGGAAUCGCAGCUUAAGCAGAUGGAGGUGCGCCCGCUGGCUUUCAAGCGGCUCCUACGCAGCAUCGAAGUCGAGCGGCAGCGGCGAGGGAACUUCCUGCAGCGAUCUGCCUUUGAUGAUGACGUGAGCGUGCCAAUGUACUCGCCCGAAAGACCAGCACCUGUAUCACUGGACGAGGGUGACGGCCAGUGGGAAAGUGAGGUUGGGGAUGUCGGCGAACGAGGCCGAGAGUCUGCCUCGCAGAUGGUGGCCCGUAUGCUCUCCGCACCCUCUACGCCCUCCAAGCCCUCGGCACACCAGGGCCAGGGCCGCAGCAGUUGCUUUCAACGCCUUCCCGAUGAAUUCGUCUGGGAGCCAUCGGAGCCACGGUCAGAUCCGCCCGAAGAGCACCCGGUGACCCAAGACGUCGCAUGGGGUAGCUCGUGCUCCUCUGGCUUCCCAAAAGCUGCGGGGUCGCCCAGUGCCGACGGUGAUAUCGCACCUUCCACAGUGGAAAGGUGUUGUGCACAUGCAGUCAUGGAGCCUGCAGGGCCAUUUCCAUCCCGUAGUAGCUCAAGCACAGCCGCAGUGGAAAAUGCCAGCGAGCGAAGUGAGAAGGCAUUGGGGUCGACAGAGUCCUUUCAUGCGGCAGUCCUGAAUGCCGUUAUGAAGUCUUGCUUCCAUCCUGACAACUACGAAGAACGCCCCCAAUGCCCUGAUCCACCUGUGGCUGCCGUGGAGCCUACCGUGGCGCCUGCCUUGGCGGUGGCCCCGAGUGUGCUGGCAGUGGAGCAAGAGUGCAGGACCAGGCCGCAGACAAGGCGGGCCCGGAUCCGUGAGCUGCUCAAGCGACUUGAGCUGGCCCAGUCUCCGUGCCUAGCCGAUCGCCUGCGAGUGGAUGCGCGGCAGAAGCAGGCCAAAGAGAGACAUCUCCGCCAAUCCCAGGCCUCCAGCGGAGCAGGUCCGGCCUCGUCGCCUGCUUUGUCUUUGAGGAGAUCUCGAUCUUUUAUGGAGCUACUUCAUGAGUCAGAUCCUCACUACUCGAGCGGUCGCAGCUGCCCAGUAGACCCGAGUGUGCUGGAAGACGUGGUGUCGCGACUUCCUGCAAAGCCCGUGAUGUCUGCACCACUCGAACUCGAGCCCUGCACGAUCUGCUUAGAGGUGCCCACUUCAGGUGAGAUCCUCACCAUGCUGCCCUGCUGCCAUUGGUAUCACACAGAGUGCAUCAAGGAAUGGCUGCUGCAUUCGCGGUUGUGCCCCUUGUGCAAGGCACCUGUACUGCCGGAGGAACUCGGAAUGUAA